AUGAUGCAUCCGUCCAGACAGGCGUACGUGGAGGAGGCGGAGGACACCGAUAUGGGCAUUGACCUCGCCAACAUCCCCGUUGACCGCGAUUAUGAACUUCCGUCCGCCGCCGCAGGCAUUCCCUCAGCUAGAGCCUCCGCCAUCCUCUCCCAGUUCGAACGGAAACGACGAGCGGCCGCCAUGGCCGUGCCGACAGACGAUACCCGUGUGCGCGCGCGUCUGCGAGAGCUCGGCGAACCCAUCACGCUCUUCGGAGAGGGGCCCGCAGACCGAAGAGACCGAUUACGGGAGCUCUUGACUGAUCUCGCAGAACGGCAGGAUGCCGCAGCGGCAGAGGGCGACGUGGACAUGCGCGAAGCCACAGCAGAGGCGGAGGAAGGCGAAGAGGGUGAGCAACAGGAGGAAUUUUACACAGAAGGUAUUCCGGAGCUUCUGGAGGCACGGAAAGCAAUCGCACGAUUUUCGCUACCCCGCGCAAAGGCGCGCGUGGAGCGGCUGAAAGAAGAGUCGACGAUCCCACUACGCACGCAUAUCAAGCAUCGAAAAGCAAUCAAGGAAAAGCUUCAUAACUUUGACCUCUACGGGUCUCAGAUUGCUGGUGACCGUCCAGUCAGCAUCUGCCGAUUCGCGCCUGACGGGCAGACCAUUGCGACUGGUAAUUGGGGCGGUGGGAUCCGCCUCUUGUCGGUGCCGAACUUGGACGAGAAGUUGUCUCUCAAUGCGCAUACGGAUCGCGUGGGUGGCCUCGCAUGGUUUCCGGGGGCUACGCUUCCUGCGUCCAAUGUCUCCGAAUCCAGCGUCAACCUUGUAUCUGGAGGUGGUGAGGGAAACGUGUGUUUGUGGUCGCUGGAUAAGAAAGAACCUCUAGCGACACUAUCUGGUCACAGUGGUCGUGUAUGCCGCACGGAGUUCCAUCCCUCGGGGCGGUAUGUCGCAUCAGCAUCUUAUGAUACCACAUGGCGGUUAUGGGACGUUGAAACGUCGGUCGAACUGCUACUCCAGGAAGGCCAUUCGCGAGAGGUUUACACUGUGGCCUUCAACAACGAUGGCUCUUUGAUGGCCAGUGGUGGGCUUGACAGCAUUGGACGAAUUUGGGAUCUGCGAACAGGUCGUACCGUCAUGAUCUUGGAGGGACAUAUUCGGGAAAUCUUCGGGCUGGACUGGGGAGUGGACGGCUAUCGUGUCCUUUCUGGGUCUGGGGAUGGAUGGGUGAAAUGCUGGGAUCUACGCCAGGUGCGGAAUAUCGGCGGAAUUGGCGCACACAAGAGUGUUGUCUCCGAUCUACGGUGGUAUAAAGGCACGGAGUCGUCGGCGUCCCAUCUCCCUUCGACGGAUGGACAGAACGGCAUGGAGGUGGACGGCGCGCCCGCGAACGAGCAGCAAUCGGCGCCAGUCCAACCCCGGAAAUCGGGCACCUUCUUUGUCACCAGCGGGUUCGACAAGAACGUCAAUAUCUUCAGCGCGGACGACUGGUCGCUGGUGAAGACGCUGAGUGGGCACGCAGGCAAUGUGCUGAGUACGGAUGUCAGUGACGAUGCGAGAUGGAUUGCCAGUUGUGGACAUGACCGUACGGUGAAGCUCUGGGGUAUUGAAUAA